CCAUGAUACAACCCCGGACCACAUCACAGACAAAUAGUCGCGUACAAUGUCCUUUCGCGAUUCCACCGUCGUCAUCAUUGAGACGAGCAGGUCCGUCAUUCGUGCUGGCCUGGGUCUUCACGAACUCUUGAAGAUACCCACAGUUGAAAUACAAGCGCGCGUCGGUUUGCGGCCAAACGUAUCGAACGGGGAUGAAGGUGCUAUCGCAGUCGAUGGAGGGGGUGCAGAGGCAUCCACCAGUCGAGCACCUUCGCAACCUCCCGUGAAUGCGUCCGUGAACGACUACCUUGUUGGAGCGCAACUCGAUGAAGCGCUGGCUAGUGGUCAAAAUAUCCAUGUCUUCUGGCCUUUUGAAGGCGAAAAUAUAAAAGAAUGGGUACAGGCUGAAGCUAUAUGGAAACAUGUUCUCUUCAACCAACUGCAACGUCGUCGUGCUCAAAAUGAGUCCCCUGUUAUUCUAGCCAUCCAGCCUGGAAUGCCACGUAGUACCUACGAAAAAAUAUGCCAGAUCUUCUUCGAGCGUUUCAAUGUCGCAGGAUUCGCCAUCGUCGAACGUCCUGUGGCCCAGAUAUACGCCGGCAACAGUCUCAGCGGUGUCGUUGUCGACAUCGGAUACAACACAACUGACAUCACCCCAAUCUAUGAGGGUUUCAUUAUUCAUUCUGCUCGGUCACACACUGACGUGGGCAUUCGCCAUUGCGAAACUUACCUUGCAAACCUCCUUCGCUCCAACACUUCUGUGAUGUCGACUCUAUCCCCUCCCGAAGCAAUUCUUUCUCCCGAGGACCUACAACAGACUCUUUUAGACUUUGCAAAAUAUAUCUGGAAUGCAGGCUAUGUCAAAGUCCCAUCUUCCGGCGAAACGGCCAUUGCGGAGGACGAGGGCGUCACGGAUAUCGCAGCCGUUCUGGUCGCAGGCAAGGAGAAGGCAGUCAUUGAGAGCGGAAUGAAAAAGAAAGCGAACGCCAAAGCUUCUGCCGCGGAGCAAGCUCGAGCAAGGGAGAUUGAGGCCUUGGACUUGGUUACGAUCCAAUUCCGUGAUAAAAGUAUAACUCUAGGGAAAGAGCGCCAUCGAUUUUGUGAACCACUUUUUGACCCUAUGUUGUUGGGAACGAUACCACUGUCUGAUGCGGACGUACCGGUCUCGUAUGCUGGCACGCGUCCUAUACAAGAAGCGACUGGGCAUGCUGUUUCUCUGGCGGACAUCGACCAGAGGCUGUACAUCUGGCAGGGUCUAUUUGUCACUGGCGAUCUAACAAAGAACAUCAGAGGUAUUGCAGUCGCACUGCAAUCGCGGCUUGCUCCGUUUAUCAGCAAUCCUGAAUUGCAGACGGAGAUCCAGCCACGAAGCGUGCGAAUUUUAGGCGUGCCAGAGUACUAUCCUGAAUAUAGAGACACCGGAGAAGGGUAUGCUGCUUUCCUUGGGGCAAGUAUCACGGCUAAGAUCAUCUUCAAUGAUAACGGGGGAAAGAACUCGGUGUUGAAAUCGGACUAUACAGCGAGAGGACCUCAUGCAAUAAUUGAAUUUACGCCGACACUCCUGUAACUGUAACUGCCAAGAGACUCAUAUUCUGAGUAAAAAUUGCGUCGCGUAGUGACCCAUAGUACAUGACAUAUUGUAUGUAUAUGUAGUAUACAUGAUAUCGAUAGACAUAAGCACCCGUCACUCGCCUAUGCAGCAUUGCCCUCAGCAAAGUUG